AUGGACCCAGCCUCAUCUGCUAUACUCCUAGCACUCAGAGUUGUCUACUUUCUCGCCUCCCGACGCUUCCUCCUCGCCACUCUCGACCCAACUCUGCGCGACAUCUCCGCGCCAGAGUCCACCCUUCCCCUCUUUCUGGAUGAUGACGCGACUGCGGGAGGUAUCGAGCUGCAGGGCGUCGACUCGAAGGCGAGAAGCACUGUCAAGACAGUACAGAGCACCAAGGGUGACAGACAAGAGACCAAAAGCUUGAACCGUGCGGCAAGAAUACUCUUCUCGCUUUGCGUUUCCGAGUCAUGUCUACUCUUCACACUGGUCAUGCUCAACGGCCUGGACCUACUCUCCAGCCGGCAGCAACACUUUACAGCCUCUCUCUAUAUUCUCAUCGCAAUGAUACUGGUCGUCCUACCACUCAAGCAGUGCCUCCUUCUCACUUAUCGGCGUAAAAACACCCUUUCCAUCCCCACUCGCCUCGCCAUCGCCCUCCUCCCCUUCACCCUCUACGCCUUUCUCUUUACCCGCAUCCCUCCCUACGUCACGUCUGGCGAGGACGCAUGGACCGGAUGGUUGGCUCCUUCUCUCGGCCGCGUGGUUGUCAUGGGGGUUCUCGUACUCGGCGGUCUCUCCGGCUUUGGUGCCGUCCAGACGGCCUGGAUCUAUCUGCAAACUAGAAAGAGAAACGCGACCGAAGCCGACAUUUCCCAGGCAGAACGCUCCCUGCAGCGCAUCCGGCAAGAUCUCCAGGCAAAGCAGAGCGACGAUUCGUCCUGGUCGAAGCGUUUAUUCGGCGGCAGCGAGUUGCAAGGUCUCAUCGCCAUGGAACGUGAAGCGUCCCAAUCCCUCACCAGCAUGCGCCAAUACAAGGCGAAUGACGACUACGCGCGGACGUUCCGGGGUCGGUGCUACAACGUCAUCGGCUAUGCUUUCGCAAUCUAUUGCGCGGCCCGUAUCCUCAUGUGCCUUCCAUCCAUCUUCAUCCCACCAACCAAAGACAACAGCGGGGACUGGAUCUCCUACCUCAUCGCCUUCACCCUCAGUAGCCUUCCUAUUGAGGUCGACAUUGCGGUCUGGUCCCGCGCCAUCUCGCUGGCGUUCACCGGGCUCAUCAUCCUCUCCUCGCUGGCACAAGUCCUUCGCAGCCUGGCGCGGAUUCUCAAACUCUCCAGCAAGAAUGUCGGUGCAGGAUUCCUCCUCCUCAUUCUCGCUCAGCUUUUCUCCACCUACGUCAUCUCCCUGCUAGUGCAGCUCCGGUCGACCUUGAAGGAUAGCGAAUUGCUGUUAGCGUCACUUCCAGACUUUUCUGUUUUUGGGCGGACGUUCGAUGUCGUAUUUUUGGUAGCCUCUGGGAGUUCGCUAGUUUAUCGGUUUGUAUCUUCCAAGAUAAGUUGA